AUGGACGAGGCACACAACGGGACUUCCUUGAUCAAAGGUGCCAAGGACAUCGCUAAAGAAGCCAAGCGACAAGCGGCCAAAAAAGUCGGCAGGGCCGUGGAUCGUGCGUCAGAUGAGUACUCAGCCCAUCGCAGCUACAGCCGCUUCCACGAUGAAGACGAAGAGGAGGAUGACUUCAAUGCUUAUAUCCAGCAGGAUGGCUAUUACACUGGCAGCGCAGUCAACGGCGAUGACGGGGCUUCCAGUGAUGCCACGGAGGGGCACGAUGACGAGGACGAGAUGUACGAGGGGGAGUACCAAGGCGUGCCUGCUUAUGUUGACGGAAAGCAGACGGAUGGACAGGUUGCUCUGGGACAGCAGGUCUCGGACAGCGUAAAGGCCCGCAAAGAGCUGGAGAACGAGAGGCAAGCGGACGAGGAGGAGUUGGCCCAGCAGUACGAGCUGAUCAUGCAGGAGUGUGGCCAUGGGAGGUAUCAGUGGCAGCUGUUCUUUGUGCUUGGCCUGGCACUCAUGUCAGACGGCGUGGAGGUGUUCGUAGUGGGCUUCGUCCUGCCCAGUGCCGAGACAGACAUGUGCGUGCCCAACUCUGGCGCAGGAUGGCUUGGCUGGAGUUUCAGCAUGGGUUCAGCUUACCAAUUUCACAGCUGGAGAGUGUUUGUUGUGGUGUGUGCUCUGCCAUGUGUCUCUGCAGUAGUGGCCCUCACUUUUAUGUCUGAGAGCCCCCGCUUCUUUUUACAGAUGGGUAAACAUGAUGAAGCCUGGAUGGUGUUGAAACACAUCCAUGACACUAAUAUGCGUGCUCGUGGAGAGCCUGAAAGAGUCUUCACAGUAAACAGAAUAAAAAUCCCCAAACAGCUGGACGAGCUGGUGGAGAUGCAGAAUGAGUCAGCCAACCCUGCUGCCAAGGCCCUUUUCAUGAUUAAGACUGAACUCAGAGGAAUAUGGUUGACGUUCAUGAGAUGUUUCCAGUAUCCAGUGAAAGACAACACUACAAAGCUGGCUGCAGUCUGGUUCACUUUGUCCUUCGGGUACUACGGGCUGUCUGUGUGGUUCCCUGAUGUCAUCAAGCACCUGCAGGCAGACGAGUACGCCUCCAGAGUGAAGACCCACAACAACGAGCGGAUUGACGACUUCACCUUCAAUUUCACCCUUGAGAACCAGAUCCACAGAAACGGAGUCUUCCUAAAUGACAGGUUUAUUAGUAUGAAGUUCAAGGCCGUCACCUUCGUCGACUCCUAUUUCCAGAACUGUUAUUUUGAAGACGUCUCCUCGGUUGGAUCAGUCUUCAACAACUGUACCUUUGUGGAUUCCUUCUUUUACAACACAGAUAUCGACGACUCCAAGCUACUGAAUUCGAGGGUGAUCAACAGCUCCUUCCACCACAACAAGACCGGUUGUCAGAUGACGUUCGAUGACGACUACAGCGCCUACUGGGUCUACUUCGUGAACUUCCUGGGAACGCUGGCUGUGUUGCCUGGCAACAUAGUCUCUGCCCUCCUGAUGGACAAGAUAGGGCGGCUGAGCAUGUUAGGGGGCUCCAUGGUGCUGUCGGGCAUCAGCUGUUUCUUCUUGUGGUUUGGCACCAGUGAGUCCAUGAUGAUCUUCAUGCUUUGUCUUUACAACGGCCUCAGCAUCUCUGCCUGGAACUCCCUGGACGUCGUCACGGCCGAGAUGUACCCAACGGACAGGAGGGGCACAGGCUUCGGGUUCUGUAAUGCCAUGUGUAAGCUGGCAGCGGUGCUGGGCAACCUCAUCUUCGGCUCUUUAGUCGGGAUCACCAAGGCCAUCCCCAUCCUGCUGGCGUCUGCUGUGCUGGUUGGCGGGGGACUCGUGGGGCUGCGGCUGCCCGACACGCGCGCCAACGUCCUGAUGUGA